CCAGACUAAGGGUCCUCAGAAUGCGGCUGUCUUGUCCAGCUCAUGCUUAUAGAUUACAUAAGCCUCACGUCUCCAUCAACGUGAAUCUCGCGACUAGCUUCACGUGUCGAGAGCCAUCGUGAAAGUCCCAUACCGCAAUGGCGACAAAACGAUUAAUCAAAGAGCUCGACGCGUAUCGACGCGAUCCAUCCUCCGCCGUCCCGCGCCUUGAGCCGCAGAGCGACGAUGACCUCUUCCGUCUGGUCGCGGUUUUGAAGGGUCCACAGCGGACACCAUACGAAGGUACGACAACGAGACGAAUACGCAGCGCGGAAGACGAGAGGAUGGAAGAAAGCCUUCGGUCACCUCAAUGCCAGCUGAGAACACACAACUUAUCAUUCUUCGUGAUAUUACUCCCUACUAACUAUGUCUGUCUAUACAAAAUCAGGCGGCCGCUGGGACAUCAGCAUCAGCAUCCCGGACGCCUACCCGAACGCUCCGCCCGAGGUGCGCUUCAAGACGCCCAUCUGCCACCCGAACGUGAAUUUCAAAACUGGCGAGGUCUGCCUCGAUCUGCUCAAGACCUCAUGGACACCGGCGUACGGCGUCGUCAGCACGCUCGAGGCGGUCCAGCAGCUCCUCAGCGCGGGCGGCGAGCCAGACAGUCCGCUCAACAUUGAUAUUGCGAAACUAUUAAGGAGUGGGGAUCUUAUCGGUGCGGAGGCGUUGGUGCGAUUUUAUACGCAAUUGUAUGCGACUUGAUGGGGGUGGAGAUAUGAGGAGGAAAUAUGUUGAGGAAGUUGAUGGAGCAUGGGAGAACUGAUGUGGAAGAUGGCGUAUAGUCAUUGUACGAGGUUAUGAAAUCCCUGCAACUGCAACAUAAUGUACUUUGAAUGGAACUGCUACAAUUCAUGGCGCUUUGGAGACGACACGUCUAGAAGUCACUCAUCGAGGUCUCCAAAUUAUCCAAUGCAAUUCUGCGUAUCGACGACUUUUGUUGGUUCUUCACAGCUGAAGCAUUCUACGACUCUGCUUGGAGUGACAGAGCCCCAUCGAACCAUGCUAUACAAGUAAUCU